UUUUUUACCAAAAGUAUUUAACCUCUUUCACUGUUCGCCUUGACCUUCUCGACCCAUACGCUCGUUCAUCCUGAAUAGCCCUGUAACUGCUCAAUUGCAUUUUUUUUCUUCUUUUCAACCCACACUCGUUUAAACAACCACACUCUUUUAAUACCUCCAUCCCACUCUUUUAACCUCUUUAACCUGUUUUCUUACUACAUACACCCUCCUUACCAAGGUUAUUUGUAUCAACACAAUCCCCCCGCCGCAAUGAGCAAAUUCGCCAGCACGGUUUCACCAAUCUCUCCACGCUCCUGUGAGGAGUCCGUGAUCAACUAUGAGUUAAGUGUCCUCCAACAGCCUUCCAGGGCCAGAGCCUGCGGAGUAACUACCAAAUUCACCGGAAGACGGGUGAUCGACCCUCCUCCGGUGGUUAAGUUGUACGGUCGCGACCUCUACUCACAAGACGCUAUUCUCCAAAACUUGAACGUCCACUUUCUCACGGCGGAAAUCAUCCAUAUUGACAAAGAUGGCAAUGAAUCGGUUUUACCAUCCAAGAAGAACUCCAAGAAAGGUGUUAGUCAAGGUCACAAGCCAAGCCUUAACUCGAACCCGCUCUUUGGCUCUACGUGUUCUUCUCUCCACUUCUCCACCUCCAGCUCGCCUCUCUUGAACGCCUUCUUUGUGUUUAACGAUUUGUCCGUAAGAUUUGAUGGCACAUUUCGCAUCAAAUUCAUCCACUUUGAGUUCAACCCUCAGACAUUUGCCGCUGUCAAGCGCUCUUCUAUAAAGAGUGAUCUAUUCCGCAGCUACAGCGCCAAGGACUUUCCAGGCCUCGAGAGCUCGCCCUUGUUAAUCAGACAGAUCAGUGAAUUAGGCUGCAAGGUUAGAGUGCGUAACGUGGCUAACCGUGAGGCAGCCAAUGCUACCCCCGAAACUGAGGAGCAAGAGACCCCAUCUGUCCAGUCAAAAAAGAGAAAAAUGGAAAGGCAACAGGAAGAAGUGCAUACCCCGAUCAAAAGAAAGAAGGAUGCUCCCAGGUCGUUAUCGUUGGCCUGCACUCCUAACACGCCACAGCCAUCUGUCGCACGCGCUCACAGCCUUCUCAGAGACCAGUCCCAGUAUACCCCAACCUCUCUGGCGUCCAGUAAAGACACCUCCAAUGCCUCCCGUUUAUCGCUUGAUGGGUUUGGUAACAAUGCCAGCUCCACCUAUACGUUCGUUUCUGAAAUCACUCAUGCCUCUACCUAUACUCGCUCCAACACUCCGAUAAAGCGCACCAAGCUUGAUGGGUUUGUACGUCUGCAGGCUGAAUUCCAGGGGUACUUGAUCCACUCAGCCGCUCGCGUAGAUGAUACCCACUCUUCUAGCAGCUCAGAAGCUACGCCACCACCAACCCAACUCGGCGCCUUUGCCGCUCCCGAUCUUACUUCUUCACUUUCUAUGAGUGACGAAGAGUUUUACAGCUGUACCUCCGCUACCGACUGGGACUCUCCUUGCAUUAAAGAUCCCAACGCCAUGGUGAAUAUGUCUGUUGCGUACUACCACCACUCCCCUGCACACAACGGCAGUACUCAGGAGAGUAACGGUGUGAACUUGCCCAGAUUUGUGAAUCCGUUUAACAAAUCGGAUAAUCCCUUCGGCAUCCAGGAAUCGUUCUACUCCAUGUACCCACAGGGUGAUGCGAAUACUAUGUCGGACUCGUCUCACGGUUUUGAGGACUCCUCCCUUUCCCAUUUCCAUCUCCAGCAACAGCAGCUGGCUCUUGCGUUUGCAAAUGACUCCGCUAUUAGUUCCCAUAUUCACUCCAUGACUAACUUCCAACCUAGUAUUGGUAGGGAAAUGCACUUCCAACACCCUUCCAUGAAAGAAGAAAGUGACAGCCUUUUUGUUGCCGACCAGCUUGACUUGAGCAUGUACCUCAUCCCAGGCCGUCUGGACAUGCCAAUGAUUGGAGUCAACUAUUUUAACGGGUGAUCGAGCUUAUGGUCUCGCUUAAGUCGUUUUUAAACCCAUAAUCGCUAAAUCCUUCAGUUUCCAAGUUCUGGAAAUUCUUGCAUCGACCUUUCCCUUUACUCUCAAUGCACUAUGUCGCAAUCUGAAAACUAAUUCCACCUUCUAUUCCCCCAUUGUCGCUGAUCUACUCCUGGAUCAAGCCCAAAUCCUUCACCUUUUCUUCCGUGCGUUUACUCUUUUUUUUAAAAAAACUCCUUUAAUUUGUGAUAAAUCUUCGACCCAAGUUCCAAGUUAAUACUGAUAACUUAUGGAAAGGAACGCGACUUGUAUACUUUUAAUACCUAU